AGUAUGUUACUAGUAAUGGACUUCUCAGAUUACAAAGUAUUAUUACGUCGAAAAGGUCAUAGUCUUUAUUUAAAAAUGUUUAGAUCUGUGCUUUUAAUUUCCUUCUUGUUAAUUAAUUACAUGGUUUUCGAUAUCGCUGCUAUGACAGCUGAUCAGAAAGCAAUGAUACACAAGCACUUUGAAGAAAUAGGUAUAGAGUGUAUAAAAGAUCACGUUAUCACAAAAGAUGAUAUCACCAACCUCAAAGCAAAGAAGAUGCCUUCUGGCGAUAAUGCUCCUUGCUUCCUAGCUUGCAUGCUCAGAAAACUAGGCGUCUUGGAUGAUGCUGGCUUACUUCAGAAAGAGACAGCACUGGAUCUCGCUAAAAAAGUUUUUAAUGAUAACGAAGAAUUAAAACUGAUUGAAAAUUAUCUCCACUCCUGUUCGCAUAUUAAUUCCGAGCCAGUAGGAGACGGUGACAAAGGCUGUGAACGUUCUAUGCUGGCUUACAAGUGCAUGAUAGAAAAUGCAUCGCAGUUUGGAAUUGAAAUUUAAUGGAAAUAUUUACUAUCUGAAAUUAAUUUAACCAGUGAAAAAUGGAAUGUAUGUUUAUUUUAAAUUAAUUAUUAAUAUAAGCGAAUAAAUGUAAAGAUAAACAAUGUUUUCAAUAACUAAUAAAUAAAAAUGGUAAAUAA